AUGGCCUCGCCCGAACCCCCACUGCCGCCGUCAGUCUCCCCACGGGGUCGGCCAGUGCCACUUCAAACCCCAUGUAUCAAUUGCCGAUCCAAGCAUCUUCGGUGUACGUAUGAAACCGACCAAUGUGAGCCCUGUAAACGACACGGCUGGACAUGCGUCCGCCGCAACCCUCGCAAGAAUCAUCCGAUUCAAUUUCGUCCGGGUAGCCGUGCAAAGUAUGACCAGGCCUUUGCUCCGGACCAGGUCUGGGUAAAGCUGGGUCGUAGAUCGGCCCGGCUGAGAUUUAUCGACGAGACUGUAGACGUCAUCUCGGGCUACGACUCGGCGAGUGAUUCUGAAAACGGAGGGAUUGACGGCGAAGAGGUUUCCUUUCGGGCUGGGGCCGCCGUAGGAACUCAAUCAGUGCUUGCGCGAUUUCAUGCCCUGGGCCAAAACAAUUCUACUAAAAAUGCUACGCAAUGUGGGACCCAAGGACAGACAACAGCUGUAUCGGCAAUGGCUACGUUGGCAAGCUCGAAUACGGCCGCGCGACAUGGAGGUGCAAGCAGAGCACCUACUGAGGGCCAUAGCGAGAUGCACAGACCCGUCGUCUUCGUUGGAGAUACUGACAUCCGCCUUCAAGCAAUCCUCCUACGCUAUUUUGCUGAGGUCAUUGGCCCUCGGUUUGAUUUAUGUGACAACGAACGUCAUUUCAGCCGUCUGGUGCCGCAACGGGCCCGUUCCUCGCCCACUCUGCUCAAUGCCAUUCUGACUACCUCAGCCCGCCAUCUGACUCGCUUACAAAGGUAUCGCAACUCUGCCGGCGUCGUGGAGUGGCAGGGCCAUCUACUACCAAACUUGAGCGAGGAAUCUGCCGUCUACUAUCACAAUGAAUGCAUCAAAGACCUCCUUCGGCUCAGCAUGGAUCCAGAACAGAUUCAUAAUGAAGCUCUUCUAGCAGCAGCAAUCAUUCUUCGCACCGACGAAGAAAUGGACGCUCCCCUCCACGAAGGCGAGGAGGAUACUGAAGUUUUCCUAGGCAUGCUAAACAUGUUUAUUAAUGCACAAGUACCACUAGUGGCAACUUUACCGCACAGCUCCCCUCCCGUCUAUCCAUCACAGGAAGACCUCUAUGGCCCAGGCGUCCACUUGGUCCAUGCACCACAACCACCGGAUUCGCCCUCCCACCCGCUAUCCUCUCCCACUCCCCAAACUAACAUCUUAUGGCCUUAUGCCAUUCCUCACGUCCCCAGACCAGAUGGCCUUCGACAGGCCGCAUUCUGGGUCGCCCUGCGUCAAGAGCUCUUUACCUCAUUCAUGAAACAACGCCCACUCAACUUCCCCAUGAACCACUGCGAUGCGUUCCGCAACCUAUCACCCGCCGAGGACGUUAUCUGGGCAGACAGACUCGUCAUCUUCUGCGCCGACCUUCUCGAAUACUGCUACGGCAGCAGCUACAUCCAUAAUGCGGACCAAACCUCACGUCGCCGUCAUGACCCCUCCCGAUGGCACGAGCUACGGAAUUACGAACGUGAUUUAACCCUAGCCCUCCCGAAAUCAUUCGAGCCCAUGUGCUACCGAGAACCUGAUACCAACUCCGGACAGAUCUUCCCAGAGAUCUGGCAUCUGGAGAGCUGCCAUGUCACAGGGACCACACAUUUAGAACUAGCUCGCAUCCUGUUAGUUGCCUUCGAUCAAAGUCGGCCGAACUUAGGACCCGGGUCUGUCUCUAGCCAAAGACAGCUGGCUAGUACCAUUAAGGAUAUUGUGCGCCGACUGUGUGGCAUCGCGAUGUGUAAUCGUCAAUCUCCACCGGCUUUCAUUGAAGCCUUAAUGGGUAUCACGUUGUGUGGGGAGUACUUCAGUGAUCGUAGGGAGCAGGAAGCCCUGCUAGGCGUUUUGAGAACCAUGCGUCAGGAACAUGCCUUUCCGACGGGAAAGGUGGAGAAAAUGUUGCUGGAAGCAUGGGGAUGGGAUUGA